CCUUAUUAAGUCCAAAAACACAUUAAAUGAAGAGAAAUAAGACGGUAGUUUCUGCACCAGGAAAGGUCCUUCUUGCAGGAGGAUAUUUAAUUCUUGAACAAGAAAAUGAAGGUUUUGUUCUUACGCUUUCAGCAAGAAUGGUUUGUAUUGUUGAAGAUCAGGAGAAAAAAGGAGAAUUUCCAGAGAUAAGAGUAUGUUGUAAACAGUUUAAACAGCCAGAUUAUUUUUUUCGUGUUAUUUUUGGAGAAAAUGAAGAAGUUUCAGAAAUUCAAGAAAUUAACAGAGCGCGUAACUUGCACAUAUAUUAUGCAUUAAUUUAUUCAUUAUUUUAUUGUAAUCCAUCUAAGAUGCAAGAUCUCUAUAUUACUAUAUUGGCAGACAAUGACUAUUAUUCACAAAAUGGACCACGUUCAACACUUUCUAAAUAUAAAAAGUUCGAGUUUCCUAUAGAAAUGGUUCAUAAGACAGGAAUAGGAUCAUCAUCAGCACUUAUGACAAGUAUGAUUGCAGCGCUAGUAGUUCAUUUAUCAGAUGGAAAAUUUGACAUUCAACAAACUCAGAAUAAAUGGAUAAUACAUAAUCUUUCACAGAUAGCUCAUUGUUCAGUUCAGGAGAAAAUAGGAAGUGGAUUUGAUAUUGCAGCAGCAUGUUUUGGAAGUUGUCUAUAUCGGCGAUUUGAUCCAGCUAUUAUUGACAGUGUUGGAGAAUAUACAUCAUCUCAAUUCAAAAAACAGCUUACAAAAGUUGUUGAAAGUCUUUGGGAUAUUUCAAUUGAAGAGCUAGAUUUUCCUCCAGGACUUGGAGUUGUUUUAAUUGAUAGAAAUAAGGGAACAACAACUUCGAAUAUGGCACGUAAUGUAAUGGCAUGGAAAAAUAAAGAUACAGAAGCUAAUCUUAUCUGGGAGGAGUUGAAGAAAGCAAAUAAUUUGUUCUAUAAAACGCUGAGUGAAAUGACUAAUGCUAGCCACCAAUUUGUCUCGGAUUAUUAUGAAGUAUUAAAAAUCUCAGGACAGGUUUCAUGGGAUAAAGACAAAAUAAAAUUUGAAGAUAAAACAAAACAAUUCAUUUAUGAUAUAUUGUACAAUUUAUAUUCUCAAUUAAAGUUAAUUCGGGAACAAUUAAAAAUAAUAGGUGUCAAAUCAAAUGUUCCUAUAGAGCCUCCCUCACAAACACUUCUUCUUGACAAAUGCAUCAAAAUUCCAGGUGUUUUGGGUGUUGGAAUACCAGGUGCAGGUGGCUACGACGCCAUUUUUUGUAUAAUUAUUCAACAAAGUAAUGCUAAAAAAGACAUCUCCUCUAUAGAACUUGAUGAUACAGACUUGUCUAUUCUCUUAUCAAAAGAAGAACAUGCUGGUUUAAAAGUAGAAAAUAAUCAUGAAUUUGAUUUCUUUUUGGACUAA